UAUAAACCCUAGUUAGGGAGAGUGUGAAGUGCUGAAAUCCCCAAAUUUUCAUUCAUUCUCAGGAACUCAGAGAGAGAUGGGGAGCGACAGUGAAGGAGAAAAGUCGGUGCAGAAGGAGAAGGAGAGGAAGAAGCUGCUUGCGGUGGCUCCCAUUGCUAAACCCCUUGCUGGGAAGAAGCUUUGCAAGCGAACACUCAAGCUUGUUCGUAGAGCUGCUGAACACAAAUGCUUGAAAAGGGGAGUUAAGGAGGUGGUUAAAAGUAUAAGGAGAGGUCACAAAGGGUUGUGUGUUAUAGCUGGAAACAUAUCCCCGAUUGAUGUCAUCACUCAUGUUCCUGUCUUGUGUGAAGAAUCUGACGUUCCAUAUGUGUAUGUCACGUCUAAAGAAGACCUUGCCAGUGCAGGAGCAACAAAGAGGCCUACUUGCUGUGUUUUGGUGCUGACCAAGCCUGCAAAGGGAGAAAUGGAGAAAGGGGAACAAGAGAAACUAAAGUCAGAUUAUGAUCAAGUUGUGUCAGAUGUUACCGAGAUUACAGCUUCACUUUUUUGAAACAAGCACAAAUGUAUCUGUACUGUUGGCUCCAGUUGGAUUAACAAUCUAUUGAUGUAUGGAUUUUGAUAUAAUUCUAUGUGGCUCUACAUUUUGUUGCUA